ACUUCACUUGCUACUCAAAUGCAAGAACUACUCAUAUAGUGCUCCUAUAGUUUUGUGCAAUAUUCAUAACUAGAGAUAUUUAAUUUUAUUUCAUAGCUUGGGUGGCCUCACUAGCCUCCAGCACGAUGUAUCUCUUCGCUGCCGUUGCAACCUCCCUCGCUGAGCGUUAUGGGAGUCGAAUAGUCGUCAUCAUUGGGUCGUUUGUCUCAGCCUCAGGCCUUCUCGCCAGCUCCUUUGUAACAACGCUUCAGCCUCUAUAUGCGACCUACGGCGUAGUUUGGGGACUGGGAGCAAGCCUUGGCUUAUUCCCCUCGAUUGUGAUUCUCACCAAGUACUUCAGAAGGCGCCUGGCCCUUGCUUCGGGGAUAGCUCUAGCAGGCGCUGCCUCGGGGGCCCUCGUCUAUGGCCCGUUGAUAGAGUUCCUCUCGACCAAAUUUGGCAUGUCAACGACGUUUCGAAUUCUCGUGGGUCUGCAGAGUCUGAUGCUUUUAAGCGCGUUGACCUUUUCGCCUGUAACCAUGGCAACAGGGAGAAAUCAAGCUUCAAUGAAAUUCGACUUUAGUAUAUUUAGCAACAGAUUCUACGUCAUCUGGGUGGCAGCGCAGUGCACCUUUAUGGUGGUAUUUCUUGUACCUUUUGUUCAUCUGGUGAGUUGCUUUGUUCGUCUGUCCAUACAUAGUGUCUUGUUGUGUCAAAGAUCUUUUCCUCAGGUUUGCUUUGCAGAAGAUAAAGGAGUCAGCAGUACCAAAGCCUCAUUGUUGACGGGUUACAUGUCAAUUGGAGGCGUGUUAGGAAGUUUAGUCUUCGGUACAUUUUGUGAUUAUCCUCGCUUCAAACGCCUUCUAGUCUGCCCAGGAGCAGUACUCUUCAUCGGGAUCUCCACGUCUGCUGUAACCGUGGCAACGAAAUACGAGUGGAUAAGCGUGUACGCGUUCGCGUUUGGUUUCUUCGACGGUUGUUACGAGAUGUUACUGCCCGUUAUCACGCGAGACCUCGUUGGCGUUCAAAAGGUUGGGCAUGCUAUUGGCGCGUUGUACUGUUUAAUGGCGUUUCCAAAAACGUUAGGUCCACCCAUGGCUGGGUGGAUUUUUGACGGGUCAAAACGCUACAGCGUAUCGUUUUAUGUCACUGGCGGCGUGGCGGUCCUUGCCGCUCUCAUUAUGUUUUCGCUGAAUUGGGUUAAACCUGUUAAUGUACAUGUGGUUGGAGAAAGAGAAAGGUUAUUGCCUUCUGAGGAAACCAAAGGAUCAUGCAAGGGGAUGGUAUAUACCUAAGGAGGAGUCUGAUAUGUAAAACGUUAUCCCUUCGGUGGGGGAAAUAGCUAUCAUUUUACCUCCGAGAAUAUGCCCUGCCUGUGGUUGCUGUCAACUUGGUUGCUAAGCAACAUGACGUCACCUUAUGGCGACUUUGUGACUUGCCCAUAAAUAGAGUGUUCAUGGUUUUUCUGAUUGGAAGAUAUUAAUUGGAUAACAAAAUGGUUCACUCACGGCGUCUUGACAAAAAAGAGCCUGUCUCCCGGAAAUCAUGUUAAUCUGAUUGAAUUGAGAGCAAUUUUACAAAACGUUUUUAUGACGUAUGAUGUAAGUGAAAUAGUACACUGUGAAUCUUGCAACAAGCGUUACAGUUUUUAAGGCUACUGUUUAUUCCGGGGGG